AUGGCUACAAUCGAUCAGACGUCGGACUCAACUUAUCAAGACGAAUUUACCCGAGAUGGAUAUAUAUUCGAGAAAGAUCCAGAGGCGGGGCAAAGAGUCGAAGAGAUGGAAGCAGCCUGCAUUCCUUUCGCUUCCCAGGCAGGGUUGCAGUUCUACAAAACCAACGUCCUUGAUGAUCCGGUAUCUCCUGUACUAGCUAUUCUCUUGCAUUUGAAAGCUGACUUUGCAAAGCGGAAGCGACAGGUUCUUGAUUCCUGUUUCCAGUGGUUUGGACUAGGGCUUUACCGAACUUUUGGCUCCAUGCCCGGUUGCGAUUAUGCUUUUCGACAGAGCGAUUUGUCCUCAAAGACCGAAUCGCUAUUGAUACAAUUUUGGAAGAAGGGCUCGAAGGUUACAUUUUGGAAAGGGUCACACCAUAAGCAAAUCACCACUAUGAAGGGAGAAAAUAAUUUGUGGAGAGCGCCUCGCGUAGCACUCACAAGGCUGGGCCUUGAGCCUGUUCACGUUAUAUUUGAGAAUGGGGGUUUUUCUAUCCGCGACACCCGCCUUUUUGUUGAAGUAUCGGAAGGAAAUGCUAUUACAUUUGGAAUCGCCUCGAAGGACGUCUUAGAAAAGUGGUGGGCUCCCAUGAAACUUCCUCGGCCCCUCCAGGCAGUAGUCAAGAAUAUGGAAGGACCCAACUAUGGCAUGAACGUUACAUACUUUGAUGGCAAGCGUGAGUCUGGGGCUCUUGGUUUCAGCUCACCGCCUGAUUAG